GACGAGCUCAGUUCAUCUAGAACAAGAACAAGAACAAGAAGACCAUGAAGACUCUUGCAGCUUUUCUUCUUCUGACCUGCCUGAUCGCUGGAAAGGUGAACGGUCAAGACAACACUUCAAGAGCCAGGUGCUUCUGUGCUGACAAAGGCAUAAACAUGGUUUUAUUGAAGAAUAUUGAGAAGGUGGAAAUCUUCCCUCCGAGUCCAUCUUGCAACAAAAAUGAGAUUGUUGUGACUCUGAAAAACGGUGCAGGACAGAAAUGCUUGAAUCCAGACUCAAAAUUCACCCAAAAUGUUGUCUUAAAGGCUAUUGGGAAAAGGAUGCAGCAGUCUGUGCCACACAGUACAACAACUGGCACAGUGAAGAGCUCCAUGACUUCAUCAACAUCAGCACCGACUGCCUUUAAAUGAUUCCUGACAUAUCUGCUGUAUUUAUACACUGCCAAAUUCAAUUGUGUUUUACUUAAGUAAUCUUCAAAAUCUUUAAAAUGUUUGCUAAUGCAUCAGCUGAUUUCCUGACUACUGAGUUUUGAAAAUUCAAGUUCUCUAAAAACAAAUAACUGAACAAUGUGUCAUAUGUACAGUUUUUUAAAUAGUUUGCUAAAUUACAGUAUUUUUGUAAAAAAAAAAAAAUGUGUCAAAUAAAGCUUUUCUAUCU